UUGCCAAGGUUCGACACCAAGUACCAAGUGCGACAUUCUGGAACCACAUCAUGAACUUGUGUCAUCAAAUGACAGCAGUGACAUGUACACACUUGUUGUAAAUAACAUUAUUUUGAAAGAAAUAUCCUGUUGUGUUUUACGCUAAAUUUCAUUACAUUCCUGAAUUCAGUGUGGUUUAAUAAUAAUAAUAUGACUUAACGAACAUGUGAUGUGUAGCAUUUUUACCAUAAUAUAUUUCCAAAAUGCUUUUUUUCCAAUCAGGUAUUGUUUUUUUCUUACUGGUUUUAAUUCAAGUCCACGGGGAAUAUGAGCAGCUCCCAAACUGUCUUGACAGUUAUGUGCCAGGCUUGGUUCUUGUUAGUACCAUUGACGGAAAAUUCUCAGCCUUGUCUUCAGAAGGGGCUUUAAAAUGGCAAGUUGAUACCGAUCCUGGACCUUUACUAGUCUCAAACAUUCAUAAUCUUGAGUUAACAAAUAGUGGUAAAUGGAUCAGGAUAAUCCCCUCUUUAACUGGGGCGUUAUACAGGUUUGAUGGUUCCAGUAUUGAUCCAAUUUCAAUAUCAGCAGAGUCUCUAUUAAGAUCCUCUUUUAAAUACUCCGACGAUUUAGUUAUAGCAGGGGGACUUGAAGUGCGAACCUAUGGUAUAGGGUUCCGCACUGGCAAAGUUUUCUACACUUGUUCCACUCUACAUUGCAUAAACACCACUAAUAGUGGGCCUGAAGUUGAGGAUAUUUUACUUUUGGAGAGGAGCACACAGAUAGUUAGGGCUGUUGAGUCACAAUCAGGACAUGAAAAAUGGAACUUCAGUGUAGGCCAUCACAAUAUAAAAUCAACUCAUGUUAGUUGUGCUGACUCAAACAAAAACCUUUUCAACUGGAAUAUAUCCGCCAUAAUACCUGAUGGUCUACUAUUAGCCUCAAAUUUUCAAAAUAACGUUGAAACCACUUGGCAAUAUCAAUUUCCAUCACCUAUAGUGCGUGUUUGGAGAUGGAACGGCCAUAAACUCACAGAAAUAAAUUUGUUUCAAGUAAAAAAUAGUAAAGAAACGGAAAUAUCACCAGCUAUAUAUCUCGGGAUGCACAAGAAGCAGUUGUACAUUCAUGAAUCUUUCGUUUUACAAAAUAAGUUACAAGCGGUAACGGCAGUGGGACCACCGAGGAGUUUGGGGAAAAUCCCCUGGAAACCUAUCCCAGCGUCAGGACUUGUAACUGAGGAUGAUUCAACAGCGAUUUCGGUUUUAUACAGCUCGGAAUAUGUCAACGGUCAUGGAUACUUCCUCUACAGUGACCAAGCAAUAAAACAAAAAAAUAGUGCGAUUUGUGAAAACAAUAAUACGUUAAAAUACCCGGCCUUGACUUUUAAUUCGAAAACUGAUAGUCUCAGAUGGUUAUUUUCAAUGUGGUGGAAAGAAAUUCUCGUUACACUAUUGACAUUUUCUCUCCUGUUCAAUUUAAUGUUUCGGUCAUUCAGCCGCCGCCAAAACCCCACUAAACAAGUGAUUUUUGUUGAACGCCCUGUAGAAGACUCCUCAUCUGACAGGACAUCUGAGUCGUCGGAUGGGUUAUUCACUUCGCGCUAUUUGAACGAUUUUGAUACUUUAAGGUGUUUGGGGAAGGGCGGUUUUGGGGUUGUUUUUGAAGUGAAACAAAAAAUUGAUGAGUGUCACUACGCGAUAAAAAGAAUUGUGUUGCCUAAUGAGAGAAAAAAACGCGAAGCUGUUAUGAGAGAAGUCAAGGCUUUGGCAAAAUUAGAACACCAUAAUAUUGUUAGGUAUUUUAAUUCGUGGGUGGAGCAGCCUCCGCCAGGUUGGCAAGAACAACACGAUAACGAUUGGAUCAAAGAUAGAGAAACAAGUGGAUUUACAACUGAAACAACACACUCAAAAAAUAAGACUGUUGAUCCUUUUUCUUACGCAAUCGAUGAAACUAAGAGUAACGAUUCGUUUAUUGUAUUUCAGAAUAGUACCAAAGGCAGCCAUGUGCAAAGUGAUAAAACUGAGACAGUGUCGUAUGAGGAAUCCCACACAUCGGGGGUAAACUGGCGCCGCCCUAGUCGGCGUUAUCACAGCUUAACUGACUCUCCUGUAAAAGAACCACCAACUUUUCUUUACAUUCAAAUGCAGUUAUGUCAAAGACAGAGUUUGAAAGAGUGGUUGGUCGAUAAUAAAGAGCGCCCCGUUACCGACAUCUUACAAAUAUUUAAACAAAUUGUGUCGGCUGUUGAAUACGUACACAUGCACGGCCUAAUACAUCGUGACUUGAAGCCUAGCAAUAUAUUUUUUUCUUUGGAUGGUCAAAUCAAAGUGGGGGAUUUUGGUUUGGUGAAAGACGAAGAGGAAUCUCAUGAUGCUUCAAGUGGUUUAAGUUCACUUAAAGGACACACGAAAGAAGUUGGAACUCGCUUGUAUAUGAGCCCUGAACAAUUGAACGGCCAAAAAUACAAUUACAAGGUUGACAUAUACUCAUUGGGAUUGAUAUUUUUCGAAUUGUUGGUAUAUUUCUCCACGGAUAUGGAAAGAAUACAGACAAUGACCAGCAUCAGAGAUAAUAAGUUUCCCAAAGACUUUACUGAACAAUAUUCGGAUGAGUAUCGUUUACUUACUUUGAUGCUUUGUCAGCUACCUGAAAAAAGACUUACAACGUUCGGGGUGCGGGCAAGGCCUCCAUUGAAUUGCUGUGAUAAUUAUGAUAAAACCUACGAUUUUGAAUUGCCAAAAUCGAGUCGAACUAUCGGUUUGGCAACUUCAAAGUAAUUUCUAAAUAACUUGUGAUAUAUUGGCGAUUUUGGACUUCAUACAUUCCAGUAAUUAAUGGAAUUCAAAAUAAGAUAAUAUUUAUUCAAACAUAGCAAAAAGUAAAAAUACCUACAAUAUUGUAGCGAUAAAAUAACGCAUUGGUUCACUCUAAGCCUAGUAUUGUAUAUAAAAAUAAUAAGAAAACUAUCCCUAAGAAAGAAAUAAAACCUAAGUUCCGUAAAAAA